GUCUCACAGGUACAUGUAUUGCUUGUAUAUGUUAAGCGCUCCUCGGUAGAGCAAUUUAAGCAGUCAACCACACGUUUUGGAAAAAAGAGAGCAUACUGUACCUAAGUCAACAAGAAAAGGUUUGACAUAGUAACAAGCUAAAGUUGUUCCUUUUAUCUGUAGGAUGCUGUGACAGGUUGACCGAGGUUCCACAUUUUCCAUUUAUUGCGUUUACCCCUACUCUCUUUGUAAAAGAAUCUUUUUACUUCGCGCAAUCGAAAAUUCUUUCGGGAACACAUUUUGUAAUAAGAUACUUUUGCUGUGUUUGGAGUAUAUUUUUUGUCGAGUAAAUAUUAUAGAAGAAGUGUUAUGAUGCGGACCUAUUGGUAUAAUAGGAACAUUUUGCUUCGACAAAUUGCAAAAUGUGAAUAUUGUCUUGUGAUAAAUGGUUCUUCGCCUGAAAUAGUGCUACUAAGAAUCCUCAGGGACUAGCUCGGCUGCAAGAAGGCCUGCGAUUUGAACACAGAACAUGGAACAUGGGACAUGAAAAGUAUAAUAUAUCUCAAACAAUCGAGUCCUAUUCCAGAAAGCAUUUCUAAGAGAAGUUAACCGGCUUGUCCUUCAUAAAAGCUUACAGAUCGUCUUCGAAAAUAAGUCAGUAAUCUUCAAUUACCAUAAUAUUUGAUGACUAUUUCUUGGUCUAGCGCUGCCCCUUUAUAAUAAGCGCAGGUAUCCUCCGUUAUCCACAGUUAUCUACGACUGAAAGUUACUGCAAUACGGUAUUACUGGACAAUAUGUAUGGAAAGGUGGUUUCAAUGGUUACCUGACCUUCAAAGACGCCUUCAUUCCAAGAUGCUCUUGUCAAAGUUUCACGAUGUCUUUUUAAUAUACCAUCUCUAUUUACAUUUUUCUUUAGGGAAUCCCGCGGGAGAAUGAGAGUAUCUUUAAGAGGAAUGACUAUUUUGAUCAAUAGUUUUCCUAUGGUUAUGUUGUUGACUAUAGCUUCAGGUAACGUAAGGAAAGCAAUGAUCCGUAAGUGGAAACUAUAUUGGUAAUUAUGAUCAACUGCUCACACGCGUGUCGAUUUGUGGGGUAUCUUCAUGAUUCCAACGCAGAAAUAGUUUUCUUUGUCACAUUAUAUGUCAUAGAACUUCUUGCAAACGACCUGUGUCUGUGACGGGAGCCUGAGAAUAUCAUGAGUGCUUUAAAAUGAUCAUAAAAUAUUUCCCGCCAAACAGUUGUUUAUAGCAUUAACAAUAUGAUGCAAAUUUCUGACUGGGCGCUCUGCCAUGAAAGCAAAACGCAUGUAACAGCCAGUCUGUUUACAGUAAGAUUAACACAAUCUCGUUGCCAGCAGCUGAUCAGUUCAAGUGCCAUAACAAGGUAGACAUGGUUAUUCUAUUGGACGUAUCAGGGAGCAUUACAGUGAAUCAGUUUAAGAUCGCAAAGAAAUUUGCUGCUGACCUUGUAAAACACUUUGACAUUUCGAAAGUCAGGACUAAUGUGGCCAUCGCAUCAUACAGUCAAUACGUGAAAACUGGAAGGACUUUUUACGAUGAUGCUUCUCAAGAAGCUGUAUUAAAGGCGAUAGAUGGAAUCCAUUAUGAGGGAGCCGCCAGUAGACUCGAUCUUGCGUUUGGACUUGUGCAGUUUGGACUUUUCAGUGGUAAACAAGGGGCAAGGAUAUGUGAUAAAGGUUAGUAGUAACGUUGUUCUUAAAGUGGUUUGAGGUGCUGGCACACUUUAAUCCUGGGUUAUAAAAGAUAAGUCUUUUUAAUAAUGACCAUACAUUCAUUAGCCUUGAGAAUUUGCUAAUGAUUUUCCUAAUUCUCCACGCUAUUCUACUUUUCAAUGAACAAAAAUUGUUUAAUCGCGACAAAAUUCAACUUGGUCGCGAUAACCGAUCCGGUCCUAUUACCCGGGUGGAAAUUUUUCCUGUGGCUCCGUUCACAAGGCCAGCCCGGCUUUCCAUACCCGUAAAGAGACAGUGGGUACACGUAACACUGCUCGUCGAAUACCGGAAAACUUCCAGGAAAACCAGCUGAUGUCGGUGAGCUUCCCCAGCACGGCCCAUAACUUCUGGUUAUAUUGCAAGCUCAGAAAAAGUUUAAUUAGCGGAGUUUACGAUGAAAGUUCAUUCAUUAAAAGAAUCAAACAUAUCAGCUAAAUGAAUUUUAUAUCCUGCUUUGAACUUUUGAACUUCAAAGGGUAGCGAUCAAACUAGCAUAAAAAUUAAACCUUUUUUAAUAUUUUGAAUUUGAAAGCUUUUUCUUUGGACGCCAUAAUAAUUCGUAAUAAUAUUAACAUUUGAAUAUGAAAGCAAUCUUCGAACACUACUUGAGCAGGAGUGAAAAUAGGGCCUGAAAAAAUUGCUGCGGAGAUCACUUUCAUAUUCACGUCUUUAUCCGCAGUUCAAAUAUACGACUUUCAUAUAUUCAUAGUCGUUUAUUCACCACUUCACGGGUUUAUUUGGUACCAACUGUUUCGUUUAAUAAAUAGGCGUUGCCUCGUGUUGACAGAUUUAUUCGAUGACAAGAAUCGUGAUUGACAUUAAUUCAAUAGAUUGAUUUAAAAGCGUUAGAUUAUUAUGUUUUAAGUCAGUUUUUCAGCAGAAUCGAAGUGAGAAAGAAGUUAUUUUGUUAUCGUUUUUCUGUCUCUAAAUCCGCUUACCUGGAGAAUCUGCUAACCCGUAAAGUGAGACUGUUGUAACAACCCGCCACAGAAGUAAGUUUAUAUUGAAGUUUUUUAAUUUAGUUACAAGAUAAAGACUUGAUUUGCGUUUAAUAACAAAACGUCAACCGCCUUAUCUGAAAACUUAAAGAGAAAUUUUUCUUAUCACUUUCGAGGUAUUCUUUCAUUUUCAGACGACAUACUUCAUGACUUUGGUAUCUAACUUCAUCCACAGGUGUAAAGAAGGUUGCAGUGUUUGUGACAGAUGGCAAGAGCACUAGAGGAGUAGAAUUCACAAGACAGAGUGCUGAUUCAUUAAUAGAGAGAGGUAUCACCUUAUUCUCUGUGGCUAUCUCUGAUCACGUUGAUGAAGAUGAACUUAACGAGUUGGCAAGUACGCCAAGAAAAAGCCAUCAGCUUGUUAUAGACACCCCAAGCAAGUUCUUCACAAAAGAGCAGGUUGAACGCUUCGCAAAGGAAAUUUGCAAAAUCGACUAAACGAUAAUAUUUCACCAUAGAAAGCUGAUAAAAUUUCAACAACGACGUCUGCU